GCAAGUGUUGGUGACGGUAGCAUGCCGCUUAUGCAGCGUCCGACAACAGUUUAACACUUUUAAUAACCCUCCACACGUCGAACAUCAAUUUACCAUUCAUAUCACCCUCGAAUCAGUGUGAAUCGGAAUAAAUACAGUUGAUUCUAAUAAAAUAAAAUAAAAGUGUUAUCCGACGGAUGGGUAGAUAACCUACCUCCAAGUGACUUAAGUGGACUGAAAUUGGAUUAAGUUUUGUUCGUGAGUGCGCGUCAAGAAUGCAAAUUGUGUGCGAAGCAUUUGGAGUGUAAUUUCGAACCCAUCAUUCCGAUGAGUCUAACCAUGAUGCCCCUCGCUCCGACGCCGAUCGUCGCCGUGCCGUCGAAGCCCAAGAUCGGCUUCUCCAUCGACUCGAUCGUCGGCGGCACACAACAACCCAGCCCACAGACAUCUCCCAUGCACUUCUCGGAGUCAUCCGCGCCGUUAUCACCGUCCAGUGACACGGACAAUCGUUUGAACUGUUCACCCAAACACUAUUCACCUCAGCGGUCACCCGACGCAUCACCCAAACCACCGAUAAUGGUGCCGGGAAUACCCGCCGGGCAUCCGACGCUUGUAAGACCCGCACCUACGUAUGAUCCAGCGUUGAGGAAAAAUGGAUUUCUACAACCGGAGAUGAUGCAUAAUCAUCCGGCGGCAGCCGCAGCCGCCGGCCAGCAUCAAUUCGCGCUUGCCGCACACCUUCAGGGAGCUGCAUUGGCGGCGGCUUUCGGUGGUGGUCAGCAUGGAUUUCCACAACCCUCACCGCUCACACAGCACAGUCAACCUAGGGAUAGUUAUCCGUUGUAUCCGUGGCUAUUGUCGAGACACGGCCGGAUAUUUCCACAUCGGUUUCCAGGAGGUCCCGAUAUUCCCGGCUUUCUUCUGCAGCCGUUCCGAAAACCAAAGAGAAUAAGAACGGCGUUCAGUCCAUCGCAAUUACUCAAGCUGGAGCAUGCCUUCGAGAAGAAUCACUAUGUCGUGGGCGCCGAGAGGAAACAACUCGCGCAAUCAUUGUCUCUCACCGAAACACAAGUUAAAGUGUGGUUCCAAAACCGGCGGACGAAACACAAACGAAUGCAGCAGGAGGAAGAGGCGAAGACGAGCUCCGGUGGCAAAUCGUCGUCGGUGUCAAACGCGCACCACGUGAACAAAUGGAAGGAGGAGACGGGUGACGAUCAGUACGGCGAGUACAUCGACAUGGACAUGGACGACGAGUGCGUCAGUGACGUCGAAAGUGAAUCGUAAUUAAUAAUCAACGAAGAGACAACCUAGACAAACCAAAACCAAAAAUUAACAAACAAACAAAACGAUAUAGUGACAACAAAAACACUCGCCCAAUUUUUAAAAUGUCAAACGAACACAAAUUAGUUGCAAUAUUAAUUUACUUUGUAUAUAAAUAUUAUAAAAACCUAAAAAACGAAAUAAAAUUCGGGUCGCGGGUGAGUUUCAUCAAUAUUGCCAAAAAACAUAAAAAUAAACAACUUCGUGCCAAAAUGAUAAUUUCGAUUUGUUUCGCGCGAAUUUUCUCUCAAAACGGAAACGGAAGCCCCGCCCUAAUAGAAAUGGUCGUCGCGCAUGGUGUGUAAAUAAUGUGACUAUAUACAAAUAGAAGAAAACUAACUAAAUUAUUUAUUAUUUUGUGUUUUUUUUAAUGAUCUAAGUUUAUUAGAUAUUAUCUAUUGUGAAUUUGAAGUAUAAUUUAUUUGUUCCUUUUGUACAAAGAUGGAUCUUAUUAGCCACCUACAAACGAAGAGCAGUACUAACAAACGCGUUCAGUAAAUCGGAUUGAACCUUGAUAAAUGUACAAAGUGUUAUUACCAAUUCUUAAUUAAAUUAUCGGAUAAACAAUUUAUUAUAACUAACAGAUAAUCUACGAUAUUGCUGAUAAUAUAUCGUGCGUGUAUUAUAAUAAACUAGUUAGUUGAGCAUACGUGAAAUUUUUCAUUUGAUUCGAAGCAGGAAAAAAUUUCAAUGUCGAUUGCAUCCGCGGUGCAUCCUACUAUGUUUAAUGAUUGUACAUUUCUGUUUGUCUACGAAUGUAAAAAAUACUAUUAUUUCUAGAUGAUGAGGAUGUUGCGGAGAUGAGUAGCCAUUGAGUGGCGUUACUACUGUACUUAAAGAUGCGAUAAAAUUGUAAAUUAAAUAUUAAAAAAUGAAAAUAUGAACAAA